AUGUCCCUGUGGUUCUUCCAGUACGUCUUCGCUGCCGCCGCUGCCACCAUCGUCUCCGGCGCCGUCGCCGAGCGUGCACAACUCGGUGCGUACCUCUGCUACACGAUCGUCAUCACCGGCUUCAUCUACCCCGUCGUUGUGCACUGGGUUUGGUGCAACAACGGCUUUCUAUCGGGCGCCUUCACCGCCGACAAGAGCAUGACCUUUUACGGGGGCUGCCUCGACUUUGCCGGCUCGGGCGUGGUCCACAUGACGGGUGGCGUCGCGGCGCUCUGCGGCGCCAUUGUUAUCCAGCCGCGCCUCGGUCGCUUCGAUGAGAGAGGCAAGCCGGUGCCUAUGCCGGGCCAGUCCACCCCCUUCCAGGUCCUCGGCACCUUCAUCCUCUGGAUGGGCUGGUACGGCUUCAACCCGGGCUCAACCCUCGGCAUCACGCCCGCCGGGUAUGGCACCAUCAUGGCCCGAGCUGCGAUGUGCACCACCCUCUCCGCCGGCGUCGGCGGCGUCACGGUCGUCUUCUUCGACCGGAUCUUCUCAAAGCAAUACGACGUGGGCAUGGUCUGCAACGGCAUCCUCGCCGGCCUCGUCUCCAUCACCGCCGGCUGCGCCUGCAUGCUGCCGUACGCCGCGUUCCUGACUGGUUUCAUCGGCGCUUUUGUCUACUAUGGCGCGCCGGCACGAGACAAGCUCCUCCUCAAGCUCAAGAUCGACGACCCGCUCGACGCCUUUGCGGUGCACGGCGCCUGCGGCUUCUGGGGCGUCUUUGCCGUCGGUCUCUUCGGCCAUCCUGACUAUGUCGGCUUCGGCUGGGACGGCAACAACGGAGACGUCGCUGGCACGGAUUACGCGGGGCUGUUCUACGGCGGCAGCACGCUGCUCGGCGCCCAGUUUGUGGGAUGGGUCGCCUUUUGGUCGCUCCUCAUGUUCUUCGGGCUCAAAUUUGCUGGCAUGCUCCGCGUCUCGGAGGAAAUCGAGAUGGCGGGCAUGGACGUGUCCAAGCACGGCGGUUCCGCAUAUGCUGGAAGCGAGGGCAAAGCGUAA